AUGACUUACAUGGAAUUAUUCCCAUCUUUGGUCGACAAGAAACACAUUCAAACUAUACCUCCUCCCCCUGUUCCAGAGACACUUCUGUAUUGGUACAAAGCUGACCAGUUUUGCGCUUACCACCAUGGGGCACCCCGACAUGAUCUAGAAGACUGUUAUGGCUUGAAGUCUGACGUCCAAAGAUUGAUCAAAAGAAGAAUUAUGUCUUUCAUAGAUGUCAAUCCAAAUGUACAAGUCAAUAUACUACCUCAACAUGGAGGAGAUUCUAUCAACAUGGUGGAAGGUUGUCCUGGUACUUUCACAGUUUAUGAUGUAUGUUAUCUAGAGGGAGAUUUGGUUGAAAUGCACCUUAAGUUGGGUGAGCUCAUCUAUAUGAUGCCACACAACUAUGAGGCUUGCGGACUUUGUCGUACAACUCUUUGUGGUUGUCGCAUUUUCAAUGUUCCUGAACCCUUGGAGAUCACAUUCGAUAGUCACAACUCUGCAAAGUCGCCUUUAGUUAUCUACUUACCAGGCCCAGCUCCGUACCAAUCUGACAAAGUUGUACCCUACAAGUACCAAGCUACCAUGAUCAGAGAUGGUAAGGAGGUUCCUCUACCCUUUAUUCCUUUUGUCAUCAACAUUGCCGAUUUAAGUGGAGUUACAAGAAGCGGGCGUGUAUUCACUACGGUACCACCAAGAAAUGUUGAAGCUUUAGUUGGGAAGAAAAUGCAAGUUGAGGAAUCAACUGUGAGCAAUAAACCUAAUGUUAUGGAAGAGUCCAGCAGGGCUAAUAUCAAUUCAGAAUUUGAUGAGGUUUUGAGAUUAAUCAAGAAGAGCGAAUACAAAACUGUGGAUCAGCUCCUACAAACCCCUUCCAAAAUAUCUAUUUUAUCCCUGCUGAUGAGUUACGAGGCUCAUAGGGAGGCUCUACAAAAGGUUCUUGAGCAAGCUUAUUUCGACCAUGAUGUAACGAUUGGCCAAUUUGACAGCAUUGUCGCCAACAUAACUGCCUGCAACAAUUUGAGCUUCAGUCAUGAAGAACUCCCAGUAGAAGGCAAGGAUCACAACAUGGCUUUGCAUAUUUCCAUGAAUUGCCUUACUGAUUCUCUAUCCGGUGUAUUUGUAGACACAAGUUCUUCACUCAACGUCAUGCCAAAAUUAACUUUGUCUAGAUUGAAUUUUCAAGGAGCUCCUAUGAGAUCUAGUGGGGUUAUUGUCCAAGCUUUUGACGACUCCAGAAAGACCAUCAUCGGUGAAGUGGAUCUCCCCAUGACAAUUGGCCCACAUACCUUUCAAAUCACCUUUCAAUUUCAAACUCUAUCUAUUGCUGACAAGAACAUACAAGAGAAUGGAGCUUCUAUUCGUUUCUUCAAUGAUGCACGACAGUUAGUCGAAGAUGGCUCAACGAGCGGAUGGGGACAAGUUGUGAGUCUCCCCAAAAACAAAUUUUGUGAAGGCCUUGGCUUCUCAACUACACCUUCAAAGUUUGAUCAACAAGACACGGUUGUCCGUCUUAUUCAAGAAACUUUUCAAAGUGGAGGAUUCAUCAACCCUACUCAAUCUGAAACAAAUGUUGUCAUUGAAGAAGACCCUAAAGAGGAUGCACAAAGCUUCGUGACGCAUGGGAUAGUCUGCCGAAAUUAG